AUGGGGAAAAAUGGUAGAUUUGGCAAGGGCUAUGGAGCCAUCGUUGGAAAGGACACAAAAUCGCCUCUUAGAUGGAAAGGCCCCGGCUUCUCCAAGAAAGCAGAGCCAGCCAAAUCAAAGCGAGCCAUCCAGGAUGAGGAAACGAACUCAAGUGCCAUUUCGGAAGCCGCCCUACCGGUCGAACUGCAACAGCUCCUUCUUAACAUUUACAGAGAUACUUUUCCUGGAGUUCUUGCAUCUGACACCCUGCAAGCCUUGUUACAGGAAGUAAAAAAGGCAUUGUACGAAAGAGACUUCACCAAAGCUUUCGGCAAGGAGGAAUUUCUUGAAGCGUACUCAAUUCGAUGGAGUCCCAGCAGAACCCUCUGUUAUCAGUCCAUCUUGGUAGAUCUCCUCGAGCACCUUACAGAGAUCUCCCCAGUCUGCAGAAUAACCCCACCAGAGUUGGAAGAUGGGUCGGCUGGAGACGAUGCGUCCCCCAUGGGUGUUACUUGUUUCGGUGGAGGUGCUGCAGAAGUCGUUGCUUUCGGUGGCUUUCUCCGCUAUUUGCAGGAUACCAUGCUUCGGAGUACUGGAGAAGACGUGCUCGCAGCCUCGGAAGGACUUGACAAGCUCUCUCUUCAGGGAAAGGGACAACAAAAUGACUUGAAUCAGCAGUCAUCGCCGGAGCAUGGCCUUUCAAAUCCUGACAGAUCGCCUGGGAUUGAUCUGUGUCUGGUCGAUACCGCUCAAUGGCAGGGAGUUGUCCGCAAACUUCAUGAUAGCUUCACCACGCCACCUCCUUUAUCAAAAUACGCCAGCUCCUCAGCGAAAGAAGCAAACGAAGCACUUACGGCAAACACCAAUUUCAAAGUUACUUUCCGACAAGACAACGUACUGGGAAUGAGCGGAAGCGAACUUGUUGAUGUCGCUGGUGGACGACCAAUGCUUGUGACCUUACUUUUUACACUGAAUGAAUUGUAUACCUCGUCGAUUGGGAAGACGACGGCUUUCCUGUUGAAUUUGACUGCGGCUGUCACAUCCGGCUCAUUGUUACUUGUCGUCGAUAGCCCUGGCAGCUACUCAGAGACUACCGUCGGGACUGAAGCCAAAAGGUAUCCCAUGUACUGGCUGCUUGAUCACACCUUACUCGAGACGCAAAAGUCAAGGGGUAGCGAAAGCGUUCCAGAGUGGGUGAAACUGGUUUCUGAGGACUCGAAAUGGUUUCGAAUUCCAGAAAGUAUUCGGUAUCCGAUCCCAUUGGAGAACAUGCGUUAUCAGAUGCACCUUUAUCGCCGGGUGUAA